AGGCUUUAUCGCGUAUGGGCUGUGCCAUUGAACAGCUGUUCAUAUAAAAGUUGGUAUUUUCAGAAUGAUUUUAUUGACAGUACAAAUGUUAAUAUCAUAUGUUGUCUGAGCCACCAGGCUGGUGAAGUGGAGGGACCUUUCCCAUUUAUCUUGACUUCACCUUUUCGUACCGUUUUCAACGUUAUUCAAGAUGGCCCAGUGGUUCCAGCUGCAGCAGCUAGACUCCAAGUACCUGGAGCAGGUGGACCAGCUGUAUGAUGAUACUUUCCCUAUGGAGAUCCGCCAGUACCUCAGUGCCUGGAUAGAGAGCCAUGACUGGGACAUGGUGGCCACCAGCGUUUCUCUUGCAGCGAUCCGUUUCCAUGACCUCCUGGUCCAGUUGGACGCUCAGUGCAGCCGCUUCGCCCUGGAGAACAACUUCCUGUUGCAACACAAUAUACGCAAGAUUAAACGCAACCUGCAGGACCACUUCCAGGAAGACCCUUUACAGAUGGCCAUGAUAGUCUGUAACUGUCUGAAAGAGGAGAAGAAGAUCCUGGCCUCCAUCAUCAAAAAAGAGGAUAACGUUGUUUCUCCAAACAACAUGGUGUUGGAGAAACAGAAGGACAUGGACAACAACGUUAAAGACCUUAGGAACCGAGUUCAGGUUGCAGAGCAUGAGAUAAAGUCUCUGGAGGACCUACAGGAUGAACACGACUUUAAGAAGAAGACCCUGCAGAGCCGAGUGGAACAAGAGGUGAAUGGGAUGGCACAGUCACAGGCGGCACGGAAAGAGAUCCGCGAAGAGGAGAUUGUCAUCAAAAAGAUGUUCAUCAAACUCAACAUAACCAGAGGGGUGGUGGUGAAUCAGAUUUCUGACAUCUUGUGCUUGGCCGAGCAGAUCCAGUUCAACCUGGUGACAGUGGAGGUACCUGAGUGGAAGCACAGACAGCAGAUAGCUUGCAUCGGUGGUCCGCCUAACGCCUGUUUGGACCAGCUACAAAUCUGGUUCACUGUUGUGGCAGAGGGCUUACAGCAGGUGCGUCAGCAGCUGAAGAUGCUCCAGGAGCUGGAACAGAAGUACACGUACGAGAAUGACCCCAUCACUCAGGGCAAAUGCGCUCUGGAGGAACGCGCUCUCGCCCUGUUCAAGUACCUCAUUGUCAAUUCUAUCGUGGUGGAGAGACAGCCCUGUAUGCCCACUCACCCUCAAAGACCCAUGGUGCUGAAGACUGGGAAGCAGUUCACUGUCAAAAUCAGACUCCUGGUGAAGCUCCAGGAGUUCAACUACCAGCUCAAAGUCAAAGCUGUGUUUGACAAGGACGUCACUGAGAAGAACACAGUGAGAGGGGUCCGGAAAUUCAACAUCUUGGGAACCAACACUAAGGUUAUGAACAUGGAGGAGUCCAAUGGAAGCUUGGCAGCAGAAUUCAGUUACCUGCAACUAAAGGAACAGAAAGUUACAGGCAACAGAUCAAAUGAGGGUCCUCUCAUAGUGACGGAGGAGCUCCACUCUAUUAGCUUUGAGACUCGACUCUGUCAGCCAGGACUCCAGGUCGAACUAGAGACAAUGUCCCUGCCCAUUGUGGUCAUCUCCAACAUUAGCCAGCUGCCCAGCGCCUGGGCCUCUGUCAUGUGGUACAACAUGCUGACCAGUGAGUCCAAGAAUCUGUCGUUCUUCCUGAGCCCUCCUCAGGCCACCUGGGGCCAGUUGUCAAACGUGCUGAGCUGGCAGUUCUCCUCCAUAACCAAGCGAGGUCUCAACGAUGAGCAGCUGAGCAUGCUGGGAGACAAGCUCCUGGGUCAGGAAGCAGCGGGAAACCCUAAUGGCCUCAUCCCCUGGACCAAGUUCUGCAAGAAUGUGAAUGAGAAGAGCUUUCCCUUCUGGCUGUGGAUCGAGGGAAUACUGGACCUGAUCAAGACACACCUGCUGUGUCUGUGGAAUGAUGGGUGUAUCAUGGGCUUUGUUAGUAAGGAGAGAGAGAAGGUCCUGCUGAAGGACAAGGAGCCUGGAACUUUCCUGCUGCGCUUCAGCGAGAGCAGCCGAGAGGGAGCCAUUACCUUCACCUGGGUGGAGGGCUCCAAUAACGAAGUCCAUUUCCACGCGGUGGAGCCCUACACUAAGAAGGAGCUGGCCGCCAUCUCUUUUCCUGACAUCCUCCGCAACUACAAGCUGAUGGCUGCCGAGAACAUCCCUGAGAACCCUCUGCUCUACCUCUACCCCAACAUCCCCAAAGACAGCGCCUUCACACGCUACUACAGCCGCCCCACAGAAGCUGCUGAGCCAAUGGAGUUGGAGAGUGCCUCUAAGGCUGGCUACAUUCAGACGAAGCGCAUGUAUGUGUCUGAAGUCGACCCCUUCAGACUACAGGACGCCAUGCUGCCCAUGAGUCGCGAAGUGUAUGGAGAGCUGACCAGGAUUAUUAACCCUGAUGAGAUUGAAAAUAUGAUGUGCACUCCCUUCCCAAACUAAUCUGCCCUCUUCAGGUGGUGCCCAGGAAAAUUUGUGUAAGCUCCCGAGCCGAGUACCGAAGACACCACACAAAAAGGAUGACGUUUGCAAUAGAUUUGAA